GCCGCGCCGGGCGGUUCCGCAAAUGUUUUCCUGCGCGGGGCUCGGCCGCGGCUCGCCCCGGCCGCAUGGCUCGGCCGCCGGGGCCGCCGCUCCCGGCGCUGCUCCCGGCGCUGCUCCCGGCGCUGCUCCUCGCCGCCGCGCCGCCCCGGCGGCCCUGCGCCCCCACGGGCCUCCCGCCGGACACGGUGCUGGGGCGCCCGGGAGCCAACGUCACGCUGAGCUGCCGGGCUGCGGGGCUGGCGAAUGACACCGACCCCGUGUCCUGGGAGCUGGAGACGCGCCGGGGCCGGCGGCAGGCGCUGGGGGACGCGCUGCCGCUGCGCGGGCUGCAGCGGGACGACGCGGGCCGCUACAGCUGCCGCGCGGGCGGCCGCCCGCUGCGCACCCUGCGCCUGCUCGUCCAAGAGCCCCCCGAGGCGCCCCGCGUCUCCUGCUACCGGCGCAGCCACGACCGGGACGUGCUGUGCGAGUGGCCGCUGCGGGCGAAGCCGGCCCCCGGCACGCGGGCGACGCUGUGGGCGAAGCGGCGGUUCGCGGCGGAGAACGCCACGGAGCAGCAGUGCCGCUAUUUCUCCAAGGCGCAGAAGUUCGUUUGCCGGCUGAAGGUGCCGCCCGGCACGGACGACAACCAGCCCCUCGUGGUGUCCACCUGCGUCCGCAACGGCGCCGGCAGCGCGGCCGGCGAGGACAAGAUCAUCACGCUCAGCGGCGUCCUGAAGCCGGACCCGCCGCUCAACGUGACGGUGCAGGCGCUGGAGCGCUGGCCCCAGCGCCUGCGCGUCUCCUGGGCUUACCCGUCCUCCUGGGACCCCCGCUUCUACUGGCUCCGCUUCCAGGUGCGCUACCGCCCCGAGCCCGCCCGGACCUUCACGGAGGUGGACCAGGUGACGCAGACGUGGCUGGACAUCGCGGACGCCUGGCGGGGCACCCGGCACGUGGUGCAGGUGCGGGCGCAGGAGGAGUUCGGCCACGGCGCCUGGAGCGAGUGGAGCCAGGAGGCGGUGGGCACCCCUUGGACAGAUCCCCGAGACCUCACCUCGGAGCUGGCGCCCUUCAGCUCGCAGGUAGGACGGGGGCGUGGGAGGCAGCGCCUGCGUGGGGGCCGUGGGGCCGCCCCCUCCCACCACCACUCUCUCCCACAGUUCCCGGAGGGGGAUGAUGGCGCCUAUGGCUAUGGGGCCACACUGCCCCCCGAGCUCUUUGGGGCAGAACCGGCCGAGGAGGCCGCCAGCGGGGAGCUCCCGGGGGCCGGCGGCCGCGCCGGGGCGGCCCCCUUCACCUUCCUGGUGGCCGGCGGGAGCCUGCUCUUGGGGAUCGCCCUCUUCGUCGGCAUCGUGGCGAGGUACCGGCGGCGGUGGGGGGCAGGUGGGCGGCGGGGGGCCAAGCCGGCUGGCGCAGGGCAGCACGCGCUGCUGCCCCUGGCCCCCCCCAGCCCCAGCUCCCCGCUGAGCGAGACCCCGCUGCUGCCGCCCGCCAGCCCCCCGGCCCCAGCGCCCUUCCACGUCACCAACCUGGACUAUUUCUUCUCCGGCAAGUAGCCGGGCUGGAUGCUCGCUGGGAGCAGCCCCGGGGUCCCUGCGGAGAGGGGCCGCAGGGAGCCCCAGCAGGGAGGAGGCAGCUCGGGGCCGGGGCUCCGCGUGCCAGCGCGGGCUGCAGCCGCCCCUGCCGGGAGCGUGGGAACGGGGCUGGGCUGGCGGCCCCCGCGGGAAGGGCUGAGCCCCGGCCCCGGUCCCGCGCGGGGCCGCCGGCGGGCAGCGACGGGAGGGCCUGGCUGGAUCGACCGCAUCCCGCCGUGGCGCAGAGAGUUUAUUUUUACAGCACGUGUUGGGGAAACGUGACAAACCGCGUCUCCUAAAUAAAAGCCUUUUAUUUUUAA